CUCCCUCCUUCCCUCCUCCCUCCCCCCACUCCCUGCCUGCCAUGGAGCCUGCAGGGCCUGCAAUGGGCGCUGCGGACUUGCCAGGCCCCGACCCGGAGCUGGCCUCCACCAUGGGCUUCACCGGCUUUGGGAAGAAAGCAAGAACGUUCGACUUGGAAGCCAUGUUCGAACAAACACGAAGAACAGCUGUGGAAAGAAGUAGAAAAAUGCUGGAAGCGCGGGAGAGAGAGGAAGAACUACAGAAAGAGAAAGAAAUGGCAAGUCAGCCUGAAGAUAGUGAGGCAACAGCUUCAAGUUCCAGAGGAGUCAAGGAUUCUCCCAUGUCAGCUUCCAGAGAUACAGAGAGCAGUGAAAGUGAAGGCAGCUCUGAUGAAGAGUUUAUCGGGCCUCCGUUGCCUCUCAAAGCAUCCAUCCGUGGACCGCCGGAAGAUACGGAUGACGAUUUGAUCGGCCCCCCGCUUCCCCCUGGAUACCAGGACACUGACGACGAAGACGUCGAUGACGAUGUGCCAGAUGAAGAUGACAACCCUGUCAAAAAAAUUCCUGACACGCACGAAAUCACCCUGCAGCACGGCAGUAAAACAGUUUCUGCCUUGGGCCUGGAUCCUUCAGGUGCCCGUCUUGUAACUGGUGGAUUUGAUUACGAUGUCAGAUUUUGGGAUUUUGCUGGAAUGGAUAGUUCCCUGCAAGCUUUUCGGUCUCUCCAGCCCUGUGACUGUCAUCAGAUCAAGUCGCUCCAGUAUAGCAGCACAGGGGAUGUCAUUCUUGUUGUGUCUGGGAAUUCUCAAGCCAAAGUGAUUGACAGAGAUGGCUUUCCGGUCAUGGAAUGUGUGAAAGGAGACCAGUACAUUGUAGACAUGGCCAACACCAAGGGUCACACAGCAAUGCUGAAUACUGGUUGUUGGCAUCCGAAAAUAAAAGAAGAAUUUCUGACUUGUUCAAAUGAUGGGACUGUAAGAACGUGGGAUGUUGAAAACGACAAGAAACACAAAAGUGUCUUUAAACCGAGAACAACGCAAGGUAAAAAGGUGAUUCCGACCACUUGCACCUACAGUAGAGACGGGAAGCUCAUUGCAGCUGGCUGCCAAGAUGGCAGCAUCCAGAUCUGGGACCGCAAUAUGAAUGUGCAUACGAAGUUCCACUGCAGGCAGGCUCACCAAUCUGGCACGGAUACGUCCUGCGUGACCUUUUCAUACGACGGCACUGUUCUCGCUUCUCGAGGAGGAGACGAUACCUUAAAAAUAUGGGAUAUCCGACAGUUUAAGAAACCUCUUCAUUCCGCUUCAGAGCUUCCCACCUUUUUCUCUAUGACCGACUGCUGCUUCAGUCCAGAUGACAAGCUCUUGGUCACUGGCACUUCUGUUAAGAAAGGAGGCGGCAAUGGAAAACUUGUUUUCUUCGAACGUCAGACAUUCCAGAAGGUGUAUGAAAUUGAUGUCACCAAUGCGAGUGUGGUUCGCUGUCUGUGGCAUCCCAAGCUGAACCAGAUCAUGGUUGGAACUGGGAAUGGACUGGCUAAAGUGUACUACGACCCCAUCAGAAGCCAAAGGGGAGCAAAAUUGUGUGUGGUCAAAAACAAAAGGAAGGCAAGACAGGCUGAGACCCUUACCCAGGACUACAUUAUAACCCCCCACGCGCUGCCCAUGUUCCGUGAGCCACGCCAACGAAGCACAAGGAAGCAGCUGGAGAAGGAUAGACUGGAUCCCCUGAAGUCUCACAAACCUGAACCCCCCGUGGCAGGACCAGGUCGUGGUGGUCGAGUUGGGACACACGGAGGCACCCUGUCAUCAUAUAUAGUCAAGAACAUUGCUCUCGAUAAGACGGACGACAGCAACCCACGCGAGGCCAUUUUACGCCAUGCGAAGGAGGCUGAGGAUAACCCGUAUUGGGUUGCACCAGCGUACUCCAAGACCCAGCCCAAAACUGUUUUCGCAGAAGUAGAGUUAGAUGAUGAAGAAGCAAAGAAUGAGCCAGAAUGGAAAAAGCGAAAAAUCUGAAGAAUCUGGUUUAAAGGUUGUUGAUACAAGGAAAUGGGAAAUUGUGGGCAACAUAUUUUGUUUUUUAACGUCAUUAGAAAAUAAACAAGUGUUUAUAACAA